UCACGGUUCUUGUUUCGAAUGACGGGUGCUAGCGCUGGUAGGAAGGCCGCGCGCAAAGAAGGAACCGACUAUCAGUAUAUUUCUGGAUAUCAAGGUCGCUCAUUUCCCUCAUCACCUCGCAAUACAGGAUUGUCCUCUCCCAUCCCCCUUACCCCCUUUCUCAGAGAGCAUGGCUCAGGAGACCAAUCAGACGCAGGUGCCAAUGCUUUGCACUAUGGGCUGCGGUUUCUAUGGUAAUCCCCGCACCAACGGCAUGUGCUCGGUCUGCUACAAGGAACACCUGCAGAGGCAACAGGGAGGGGGGCGAGCCAGCCCCCCAGGUGAGAAAGCUGCGACGUCGCCCGUCGGGUCUCCAGGAAGCUCGUCUGUAACCGUAGAGAGCGCUCCUGUACCUGCGACGGAAGGUUCCCCCCAGGCUGAAGAACGAACAUCCAGCUCGCCCAGUCCAGUAACUCAGCAGAUGACGGCGAUGAGCAUUUCCCAGGACGCUGGAGCCUCUGAGUCAGACAGAAACGAUGUAGAGGAAGAAGAGGAAGAGGGAUCGGCAAAAUCAACUGGACCCGUUGGGGAGACAUCGCAGGCUUCGUCUGACGGAGAUCAGACCCCCGACAAGAACAAGAAGAAGAAUCGCUGUUUUACUUGCAGGAAAAAAGUUGGCCUUACGGGCUUUGACUGUCGCUGUGGCAACCUGUUCUGCGCCAUUCACCGUUACUCUGACAAACACGACUGUCCCUACGACUACCGAGGUGCCGCCGCGGCCCGCAUCCGUAAGGAGAACCCCAUCGUGGUGGCGGAGAAGAUCCAGAAGUUAUGAGGAUCGAUUAGGACGACCUUCUCGGCGACGGCGACAACAGCAACAAAAAAAAGAUUGACCUGCAAAGUUUGGAACAAUGGCGAUGCUGAAUAACACCAUAUAAAAAUGGCUUCAUUUAUUCAUGAUAGGAUAAGA